CUUUCAAUGCGGGUCUAUACGACCAUCUGUUUCCGGUUGAACAGAGUAGACGAAGUUGGAAAUCGGGAGGAAAAUGAGACUGGAAAGUUCAGUGUCAUUUAUUUUUUUUACUGUUUUGAUACUAGUCACAGCAUGUUACUGCCAUGAACAUGAUUUCACGAUUGAUAUUGAGCCAGCCAAAAGGGAAUGCUUCUUCCAAAAGAUAGCAAAUGGACGGACUUUGGAAGUUGAAUUUCAGGUAAUAGAUGGUGGUGAUAUAGACAUUGACUUCGCAAUAGAAGCCCCAUCAGGCAGAGUUUUAAUUACAGAUCGUAGAAGAAGUGAUGCAGUUCAUAAGGUGACUACAGAAGAAACUGGAGACUAUCAAAUAUGCUUUGACAACUCAUUUAGUCGUUUCUCAAGAAAGCUGGUAUUUUUUGAAAUUGUAUAUGAUGAUGAUGAAGUGAAUGAAAUAGAAAAUGCAUGGGAAAAUUUAAAAGAGUCUCCAGAACUUGCGGAUAUCAAGCUAGAGGAUUUUAAGAGUGUGAUGGAUUCUGUCAAGGCCAACAUGGACAAAAUUAUCUCAUACCAGAAUAUCUUCAGAGUUCUGGAGGCGAGGGACAGAAGUACACAGGAACACAAUUUUGAGAGAGUCAACUUUUAUGCACCACUUCAGUUGGUGGUCAUGGCAGUAGUGGGAUUAACACAAGUUUUGCUUAUACGAAGCUUAUUUGAUGAAAAGAGUAAAUUUAAUAAGAUAUUUAAAACAAAAACGUAGCUAACUAUGAUACUUGAAAAUCUAUGCAAUACUAAAUGUUUGCAGUAAGUGGUGCAAAGUGUGUUUUAAUGUCUGUUAGAUAUUCAGAUCAAUUUUUUCAUAGGGUGUUAGGUACUUGUUACUCUACUGUUAUUAUCUAUUUGUGAUAUUAUCACAUAGGUCGAACUGAUAUCAGUUUGCAAUAUCAGAUGCCAAAUAGUUCAACAAGCUUUAAAGAAAAACUAAGGGCUCAUUCCCAUUGAAACUGACUGUCUACAUAGAUCUAUCUAACUCUGUGGGGACUCUAGCUGAAUGCAAUCAGGUUAAGAGAUACACACGCCUCUUGUUUCUAACAUACUUCUAUAAUCACCAGAUUUUCUUUAUUCUACUCAAUGCCAGGAGAACAGACUGAUAGUUUCAAUGGGAAUUAGUCCUAAGUGUAUUGUGGGUUCUUGUUUUAAAUGUUAGUGACACAUGACUUACCAAAACAUGCUUACAUUGUGGCCUGUACCUGGUUUGGAUGUGUAAAUGUUUUUGAUACUUGACUUCAAUCACAAUAACAUUAUCAGUUACACAUCAAGAUUAUAUCAACCAGCCACAUUCAAUUCCAUGUUGUUCCCAGUACCUGGCUGUUGGGAAAGAUUGGAGUAAUUUUUACAUGGUUCAUCUGAAUUUUGUCAUAAAUAUCUGUGUGAUCUCAUGAACAAGUAUCAAAUGUGGAAAAAGAUCCGUUUUUCUUUCUUCUGUUAAUAAAAUAAGCUGUUUUUAUGCGGCAUUGUUGAACACCUCCAUCUUGAAAAUGGUACUGGGAGCUAAAAGAAAAAAUUGAGUUGUCAAUGACUAUAUUAAUUCCAGUUAUAUCAGUGCCCUGCCUGGGGACAGAUUAGCAGUUUGGUAUUAAGAAAGAACCUUCAUUGAAAUAAGUGAAUAAAGACAAAUAGAUGUUGUGAAAGUUUUUAAAUAUUUAAUAAGGUUAAACUAAGUUUGGUUCACAUAGUGCCAACAUUAAAUAAUUAAGUUGGUAAUUUUUGUGCUUGUUAUUUUGAGAUUAUUUACAUAAAUCCUGCUGAAAAUAGAAAGCAUUGUUCCAUUGCAAUAAAAAAAAAAUGGUUGCAACUUGCUUUAUUCCCCAGUACCAUCUGGUAUCAGUGUCAAUUGUGUUUGUCUUAAUUGCUUUUCUUUAUAUGCACAUGUUUUGAGUCCCUACAAUUAAGGCCUUUUGAACACCAAAGACUUUAUUGAUUUCUAUUUCUAUUUUUUGUAAUUUGCUUUAGUUGUAUUAUGUUAUCUACUUGCUGUUCACUAAUUUAAAAGUAAAAACUGAUCCAUUCCUUAUUAAUGUGUGGCACACUCAGAGCCCAUUCAAUAGAGAAUCCUAGGAUACUCUGUUCCACCACUUAAAUAUGGCGGACCCUACAUGAAAGAAGAGCGGACUAAUCUGCUGAUGGUCUCCCUGCUUCACAUGAGCCAUAAAUAAAUGGGUUAAAUCACAGCUCAGAGAUUUAAUUGCUAAACUCCUGGAUGGCGCAUUUAGAGGCAGGAAAACCAUCUGCAGAUUAGUGGCCUCUUCUUUCAUGUAGGGUCCACCAUAUUUGAAUGGGUUCUAAGAAACUUAUAACAUGCUAGAAAAAAGAGAGUGGAUCCAUAUCUUGUACUUAGAAGAGGGAAUUUAAUUUGAAAGCAGUGGUUUUGAUAAAGUUUCUGUUGUAUAUGUAUAUAUUCAGAAUUAUUUGAGUUUUAUCAUCUUUUUAUUUCCUGUUUUAUAUAAUUCCAACAAUCGGCUUUCUAUAUCUCUUCACAGAUGUCCCCAAAUAAAGAUACUGACAUAUUAAGAAUAUAAACAAGUGUUAGAUAUGUUGCUCAGAGAACA